AUGCCAGACAUGCCCACGCGCAAACGCAAGGCCCCCAUCACCGCCGGCAACGAGCUCGACACAGCCACCGCACCUCCUUCGCCCAAGGAAAACGACUCGUCCAGUCCUCCCCCGGAAGUCCCCCUUUCCGCCUCAGAAGCCGCUCUUGCGUCGCAGCACAAGUCCCGUCUCCUCUUCAUCAGCAGCCACCCCGAGCUGUAUGCCAACAUUGACCUCGACGCGGACACGGUGCACGUCCUCCUCAAGACCUCGUUCUUCAAGGACGUGUCCGCAAAGGACUGCAGGACCCCAGCCCAGUCCAAGGCCAAGACAAAGUCGAGUGGCAGCAAGACCGAUAAUAAGAGAAAGGGGAAAGCCAGGCGCAAGAGGUCUUCAUAG